UUGGUCCUACCUCACGUUGUGACAGCAGGAAGAGAAUGUUGACCGACCUCUGUUGUAGUUGAAGUGUGUAAUCCACACGUUUAGCCCUGCUGAACAGCAUGGAGCAGCACUAGCACGGGUUUUGUACUGAGCCCAUUAAAGGAGCUAACACCCAGGAUAUAAACUACUCGUAGCGAUGUCAGUAAACCGGGGUUUAUCUUUGGUUUCUCGGCUUCAGCGCCACAUUAGCGCCCGGACUGCCCGCAUCAGUGCUGGCAGCUGCCAUGUGUCUUCUGGGUCUGUUUUUUCACAUAAACAAGGCCAAGUUGGUUCUGGGGUUUGCAGCAGGAAUGUUUCAUCUGACAGCUCUUCCCCCAAACCCCCGGACACCUCUCUGUUUGUCCCCGUCUCUCUGAAGAGCGACCGCCCGGCGGAUGGUAGUGUGGGAGCAGAGCUGAGCCAACCGCUCGAUAAAAAUGAACUGCUGAAAAUUAUCAAUCGCUUUUAUAAGAGGAAGGAGAUGCAAAAGCUGGCAGCAGACCAUGGCCUGGAUGCUCGUCUGUUCCACCAAGCCUUCAUUAGCUUCAGGAAGUAUGUCCUGGAAAUGGCUUCACUUCCCGCCGAUCUGCACAUCAUCCUUAGUGACAUCUCUUGUGAAGCAGGUCACAUCGAUGACAUCUACCCGUACUUCAUGCGUCACGCCAAGCAAAUCUUCCCUAUGCUGGAUUGCAUGGAUGACCUGAGAAAGAUCUCAGACCUCAGACUUCCUGCUAACUGGUACCCUGAGGCUCGUGCCAUCCAGAGGAAGGUGAUUUUCCAUGCUGGUCCCACCAACAGUGGUAAAACCUACCACGCCAUCCAGCGCUACCUGGCUGCUAAGUCUGGAGUGUACUGUGGCCCCCUGAAGCUACUGGCCCAUGAGAUCUUUGAGAAGAGCAACAGUGCGGGUGUGACAUGUGACCUGGUUACUGGAGAGGAGAGGACCUUCAUGGAUCCAGAGGGUCGAGCCGCUAGUCACGUGGCCUGUACCAUUGAGAUGUGCAGCGUCAACACGCCUUAUGAGGUGGCUGUAAUUGAUGAAAUCCAAAUGAUCAGAGACCUUUCCCGAGGCUGGGCCUGGACCAGAGCCCUGCUGGGUCUCUGUGCAGAGGAGAUCCAUGUUUGUGGGGAACCUGCAGCCAUAGACUUUAUCAGAGAGCUGAUGUACACCACUGGAGAAGAGGUGGAGGUCCACAGCUACCAGCGUUUGACUCCAUUCACAGUUUUGGAUCAUGCUGUGGAGUCAUUGGACAACUUGAGACCAGGAGACUGUAUUGUGUGCUUCAGCAAAAAUGAUAUCUACUCCAUAAGCAGACAGAUUGAGGUCAGAGGACUAGAAUGUGCUGUAAUUUAUGGGAGCUUACCUCCAGGCACCAAGCUGUCACAGGCCAAAAAGUUCAAUGACCCUGAUGACCCCUGCAAGAUACUGGUUGCUACAGAUGCUAUUGGGAUGGGCCUCAACCUGAGCAUAAAGCGUAUCAUCUUCAACAGUCUGAUGAAGCCUAAUGUUAAUGAGAAAGGGGAGAAGCAGAUGGAGACCAUCAGCACAUCACAAGCCCUGCAGAUAGCUGGCCGUGCCGGGAGGUUCUCCUCCAAGUUUAAAGAGGGAGAAGUUACCACCAUGCACAGAGAUGACCUGCCUGUCCUGAAGGAAAUACUCAGCCACUCUGUAGAACCCAUUGAGAGUGCAGGUCUCCAUCCCACAGCAGAGCAGAUAGAGAUGUUCGCCUACCAUUUACCUGAUGCUACGCUGUCAAACCUCGUUGACAUAUUUGUCAGCCUCUCUCAGGUGGAUGGAGUGUAUUUUGUCUGCAAUAUUGAUGACUUCAAGUUUCUGGCUGACAUGAUUCAGCACAUCCCGCUCAAUCUGAGGUCACGCUACGUCUUCUGUACUGCUCCAAUCAACAAGAAACAAGCUUUUGUUUGCACUUCUUUCCUGAAGUUUGCCCGCCAGUUCAGUCGCGACGAACCCCUGACCUUUGACUGGGUCUCUCGCCAUGUUGGCUGGCCUCUGGCUCCACCCAAAAACAUAAAAGACCUGGUUCACUUGGAAGCUGUUCAUGAUGUGUUGGAUCUUUACCUCUGGCUAAGCUACCGUUUCAUGGACAUGUUCCCAGACACGGCUUUGGUUCGAGAAAUCCAGAAGGAACUUGAUAACAUCAUCCAACAAGGUGUCCACAAUAUCACCCGUCUUAUCAGAGCCACCGACCCAACCAUCACUGACCCGCUCCAGUCACAGGGCAGCAGGCGCGGCAACAUCGGAACUGCCAGGAGUGAUCAUUCGAUCAGCAGCCAAGGUCAAAGGGAACAAAGUGGCUCAGGAGAAGUGAUGGACAAUAGUUUGGCUGGACGCCUGGUGAGAGAGGGGCUGUUAACUUCUGAUUUGCUCCGGCAGCUGCAGAGGGAGUGGUCAAAAGAUCAAAAACAGGCACCCACCAAUCACAGUGUACGCAACACAGGGCAUCACAGUAACAACAAACGGAAAGGCAGGAGCAAGAAAUGAAGAGGGAAAUGAUGUGUGUGGAUGUUGUGCAUGAUCAAUGCAAGGAGAUCAACAAGUGGGACUUGCAGCAACACAUCUAAACCUUGGACAACAUCUGGUAGUUUGUUUGAAAUGAAUGGGGAUUAGAAGCCGUUAAAUGUGAUCUGUGUUCUUUCUGAGCACUCAGCGUGUCAUUACAAGCUCUCAGCUGAAGCAAAAAUAGAAACCCAAGGUUGGACUUUUGGACAUGAGCAAAGUGUUUGAUUGUGAUCAGGUGAUGUCUACACCAGAAAACUGCAUUAUUCAAAGGUUGUUAUGUAACUCGCUUAUUUUCACUGUGCUGAAAGCUCACAUUGUAUGUUCUCUUCCAACAUGUACAAACUUUAAUUAGGACUGGAAAAUUAUUUUUUUAAAGUUAAUGUGAAUGUCCCUCCUGUGAAUUUCUGGCUGCUCUGUUAACCCCACUGAAGGAUCUUCACGCUUCUGUUUGAGCAUAAAAUAACUUACAGUUUAGAAUCACCCUGUCUGGUUGUUUCAUCUAAAACCAUCAAAUUAGCCCGGCAACAGACUUUACUGGCCCAAUAGACACGUUAUUGUCACGUCCCGGCUGAACUGCUUCUGGUCUUCAGUUCUGACUUCUAACACAAUGCUUCAGGGAAGAGUGACACUGUUGUGAAAGCCGUAUGAGAAGCACUGUGAUCAUGAAACACAUCUAGAAUCAGUUUGUUUUUAUUUUUGCUCCAUACAGUCCAAUAAAUAAACCUUGGAACAGCGUGUUGGACACACGGACAACGUUUUCUAGUUAAACUAAUCAGAAAUAAAUUGUAGUUUCUGUGAACAAUAUGAACUGAGCGCAGCCCCUGUUAGUUUUUUUAUACAGAUGAGAUGCUUUAUUUUUUUUGUUAUUUGUGUAUUAAACAUGAUGACAUUCAUUUAAAAA